GUACGCACUAAGCAGUAGUCCGGCAGAUGACAGGGGAAGCGAUAAGGACAGUUAUAUACCCAGAGAGCAGAAAAUAGGAGACACUGAAUCCAAUCCAGUGUGUGGCUGUGGCAAAGGACGGAUCAUUCCCACCCUACAAUCUGACUGUCACCGGCGACAGAGCAACAUAACCGGAGGCCAAACAGUAAAGGAAGCAGGAGAAAAGAGUAAAAUACCCGAUGAUGGCCUUGCUCCCUUCUUCCUCCCUACCUGGCACCACCUUCAUCGCCCUCAACUCCCAGAACCCAACACUCUUCCCGUCACCCGCCUUCCCACUUCACAGUCUCCGCCCGAUUGUUCACGGCCGUGCCUCCUCCUUCCGUCCAACGCCGAUCCUUUUCCCCACCACCCUCAUCCACAAUUCCAACAAUUCAUUUGUUACGAACGCAACCCCAAUUCCCGCCGGCGACCUUCAAACCCUAACCCCGAUCUCCGACGAUUGGCCCGAAUUCGCCGACCGUGUGUCCGGCGAGUGGGACGGCUUCGCAGCGGACUUCACCCCACAAGGAGCCCCGAUCGAGCUCCCCGAAUCCGUCGUCCCCGAGGCGUACAGAGAGUGGGAGGUCAAAGUCCACGACUGGCAGACCCAGUGCCCCACCCUCGCCCGACCCUCGCCCGAACCCGAUCGCACCCUCUCCUACACCACCAUCAAGCUCCUCCCCACCGUCGGCUGCGAAGCCGACGCUGCCACCCGCUACACCUCCGACGAGAGAGCUGCGUCCUCCGCCUCCGCCUUCGCUUACCAUUCCAGCGGGUCGUACGUCGCUGCCUGGCCUGGUGCCGCUGCUGCCCCCAAUAAGCUGGAGCUGGAGAAUUGCUUCGUCAAUCCGCAAGAUCGGGAGUCCCGAGUCAGGAUCCUCCUCGCUCUCAAUCUUGUACGCCCUUCCGACGAAAAUCCGACGAUCUCGCUGGAAGUGGCAGGAAUCAGGGUUUUCAGGGAGCAGUGGUACGGGCCGUUCAGGAACGGCGACCAAUUGGGCGGGUGUGCAAUCAGGGACACCGCCUUCGCCGCCACUGCGCCACUCGAUCCUGCCAAGCUGCUCGGCUUUCCCUGGCGCCGAGGACCCACCGCCGUUGCUGCUUUCCAGCAUCAUCACCAACCCAACGGUUUGAUUCAGCAACUAAGUGAUGGCAAUGACAGCAGCAGCUUGGAGAAGGAGAGCCUGGUUAGAGAUGCGAGCGGCGGCGUUGUAUUGCUACCGAAGCAAAUUUGGUAUGCAGUGAAAGAAAAUUGGUGCGAAGUUGGAUGGCUGUUUGAUGAUGGUAAAGCUGUUACUUGUACAUCCCUCAUUGCACCUGACGCCACACUUAAGGAAGUUAGAUUGGCACAGGAAACUGCAGUUUUGGAGGGUGAUCAAGCACCCAGCUCGCCUUGACACGGUAGUGACAGUGCUGCCUUUACCUUUCUCGCUUGCAGGCUGCAUUUACGAAUGAGUUUAUACAGUUGGAAGAUUCGAGCCGGUAUUGUAUUGAAUUGGG